UUGUAUCUUUAUGAUUUGUUUGAUAUAGCGCAGAGAUAUUGUUUAAUAGUCCAUCACGUGAAACAUUCUCUUUCCGGUUAACGGCCAUAGUAAACAAGGCCUGAAGAUGAAGUUCAACAAGAUGGUGUCUUCCUCCAGGAGGAAGAAUAGGAAGCGUCAUUUCAAUGCUCCAUCACACAUUCGCAGGAAGAUGAUGAGUUCUCCCCUGUCCAAAGAACUUCGUCAGAAAUACAAUGUUAGGAGUAUGCCAAUCAGAAAGGAUGACGAAGUGCAGGUUGUCCGAGGUCACUACAAGGGGCAGCAAGUAGGAAAAAUUGUCCAAGUGUACCGUAAAAAGUUUGUGGUGUACAUUGAGAGAAUCCAGAGGGAAAAGGCCAACGGAGCAUCUGUUCAUGUCGGAAUUCAUCCCUCCAAGGUUGUUCUCGUCAAAUUAAAGAUUGACAAGGAUCGCAAAAGAAUUUUGGACCGCAAAGCUCGGUCAAGACAAGUUGCUGAUAAGGGAAAGCAUACUGAAGAAAGCAUUGCUAUGGACUCGUAAUAAAACACAAGGGGAGAAAA